UCAAAUGAGAUAAUAUAUGGAGUAGUUAUAGGUGUUUAUUAAUAAGAUAUCAAAUUAUGUUGAAAAACGUUAGGAUAGAAUAUGAUAUGAAAUAAUAUAUAUGGAGUAGCGCGGUAUAGGUGUUAAUUAAUAAGAUAUCCAAUUACGUUGAGGAACGAGAGGAUAGAAUAUCAUAUGAGAUAGAGUUGUGUGAUAAUAGGAUUUAGAAAACCUAGAAAGAGUAGGAUAUAUAGUUUAUAAUAUAAUAUAAUAUAAAUAGAGGCGUACGAUGAUGAUGAUGAUGAUGGAUGGAUUUGAAAGUGCGAAAUAUAAGCGGUAGUGUAGAUAUGUUGAGCAGUUUACCGGAUGAAUUGUUGAUUCGGAUACUUUGUUUAAUUCCUACAGAAGAUGUUGUUACAAUAUGCAUGUUGUCAAAGAGAAUGAUGCGUAUUUUACCUUGGAUUACGACCCUAGAUUUCAAUGAUUCAUCUUUGUCUUAUAUUUUGAGUGUAAUCAAACGUUUUUCAUCACCUUUCAAGUUCAAGACUUUUGUGUUUGGUGUUCUCAAUGCAUACAAAUUUCCUUACCUUACCAGGUUUCGACUCCGAUUGGGCGUCACGUGGGACACCCAAUGCUUUAGUGAUUGCAUACAUCAAUGGGGAGGUUGUUGUCCUCACUUGAAAUCGACGGAAAUUAUUUCGUUGAUCUCUUUUCCGUUAUCCCGUUUUGGACUCAAGGAGAUUGACCUCCAUAUUCAAGUGUGGAAACCAGGAAACACUCUGCUCCCCUCGGAAAUAUUCACUUGUGAAACGUUACAGGUAUUGAAGCUUGAUGUGAACCUUGGUGUCAAUCAACUUUCCACAAUUCGUCUUCCAAACUUGAAACUACUACACUUGCGCGUAUGUUCAAUAUCCGAGGAUGGUUUCAUAACAAGACUAGUUUCAAGCAGCCCUUUACUCGAAGAACUAACAGUGGAAGUGAUGUACAAGUAUGAUCGUUCCACAACUAUCUCUUUGCCGGUUCUUCGGAGAUUACGUUUAAAAGUGGAAAGAUGGGAAAUGGCCGGUACUUCAAUAUUGGUUAUCAAUACUCCUAAAUUGGAGUAUCUUGACUACACUGAUAAUUUUGCGUUAUACUCUAUUUCAAACAUCAACUCUCUUGUAAAAGCUAACAUCAAAAUCAUAAAUGACUUUCCAAAACCUGAACUUGCUUUCCGCCAGCAAAUGCCGAACCUCGUUCAUCCCUUGUCUAAUGCUCACCAUUUAUCUUUGCACGGCUCGUGCACCACGGAAAUGAACAUAGUUGCGUUAAAUACCGUGUUUCCCAGUCUGAAGUAUCUAGAGUUGGAUUGCUCGUAUUUUAUUUCUUGGGAAAGGGUGUUGUUGCCCUUCCUUAAGUGUUCGCCAGUCUUAGAAACACUUGUUUUAUCAAACGGAAUCCCAAAUAAUAGUUGGUAUCCGGAACCAGAGAGAGUUGAAGCAAUUAUUCCCGAUUGUUGUCGAUCUUAUCUCAAAAAGUUUGUGACAAAGAAUUAUGCUGAGAGCGAGUGGGAAGCAGAAUUUAUCAAAUUUAUCCUGAAAAAUGCAUUAGUUUUGGAAGAAUUAGUCGUAUACCGACGUUGUCUUCAGAGAUCUUGGCUAAAAGUUGAAGAUCAUAAGAUGAAGAUGGAGAGUACAUUGAGCAACUUACCAAGGGCUUCAGCUACCUGUUCAAUUCAAGUUCAAUGUCUACACAAAAAUCACCUCUGGCUACUGAAAAAGAAAAAAAAGACAUGCAUUUUACCACGAAAAUGA